UGCUUUUGUCUAUUUUCAGGUGAAUAAUACGAAUAUCAGAAAAUUUUCCGCGUUUUGUGGCAAAAUUAAUCCGAUCCAGGCAUAUUUUUUUGUCUUAAGCUAACUUGAUGCUAAAAUAACAAGGGAUUUACCCCCCUGAGUUGCGUCAUAUCGGCUUGGUAACCGGCCACGUUUUUUGACAUAACAUGCUGGAAGGCAGGGAGUAAACUUCAAGUGUUUCAAGUUUUCGGUUAAAAAAAUUCUUCAUGUCGCAAAGUGGUAUUUCAAACCUGUUUUACUACCAUGGUAGACAGUGUUCUCGUCAUCCUGUUGAAGUUCUGUUGGUCUGUAUCACUGGAACUGUUUGUUUGUUAAGUUUGAAUAUAUACGAUGCAACACAUUCUUCUAAAGACCUGACCAUAGGUUCCGGCGAGGAGAUAUCUUUACCAGCUGGCCUACAUGUGGGCCCCACAAGUUAUUUCUUUGCUCUUGUGUGCAUUUAUCUUCAGUGUAAAAAGCUUAUUCAUCAAGGAUCUUCAUACAUCUUAGGAUUUGUAUCCAUGUUUGCAGUCUUUUCCUGUCUAGUCUUCAGUUCCAUUGUGGCUAAUUUAUAUGGCAGAGAUUUUUGGGUUGUAAGGGAGGCUCUUCCGUAUUUCUUUCUUCUUAGUGACUUCAAUACAGCUAGUUCCUUAGUGAAGCACACUCUUCAGUCUUCAACUUAUAGUGCAGUUCCUGGCAGGAUUGCUGAAAGUAUUUGCUACCUUGGUCCAACUGUGACACUCAAUACACUAGUUGGUACUUUGGUAAUUGGUAUAGGAACUCUAUCAGAUGUCACAGAGUUGGAGACUAUUUGUCAGUUUGGAUGUUUAUCUCUUAUCACCCAUUAUGUGUUAUUUAUGACCUUCUUUCCUGCCUGCCUGUCAUUGUUCCUUGAGUUAUGCACAGGAAGAGGAAACAGUAGACCAAGGUGGCAGUUGGAAUCUUCAGAUACCACAGAGGAGGAACUUGAGCCAAACCCUGUUGUGCAGCAGAUUAAACUUAUUAUGUCCACAGGUUUAAUGUUUGUUCAUCUGCACCGUUGGGUUAUGGUUAGAAGUGGUGAUAACAGUGAAAAUUCCUUCGGGAAUACUCCUCUUGAAGAAGACUGGUUUAAAAGGUUCUUAGCUGGAAAUACUGAACAGAUUGUUGUGUUAGUGUUUGGGGUCAGCUUAGCAAUCAGGUUCUUUUUGUAUAAUGAAGACAGAAUGCAUGAGCAUGUGGAGCAGACACACAUAGAAGCUCGGGCAUCUAACACCACAGUCACAGACAUUCAAGGGGGUGAACAAGAAUCUGAUAAAUCAAGUGAAGAAAGCUUAGCUUCUGAAAAGACUGCUGAAACAAGAUCUGAGCCUGUAUGCUUAUCUAGAAAAGAGGCCAUCAAGGAAGAAAAUCAAGAACAAUCCCAGAAACUUAGUUCUAUAACAAAAUUAAAGGUCCAUGAUAGAAGAAGAACAGUUAGUGAAGGUCACUGUAGUGUGUGCUAUUCAAGUGAUGACAUUAAGCAUCCUCUAGCUCUUGCCAGGUUGGACAGUAGUCCUCCAAUAGCGGAAUACAAAGAACGCAGUAUGGAAGAAUGCAAGCUGAUGCUAAAACAACCAGAUGGAGUGUUACGCUUGAACGACAAGGAAGUCCAGAUGUUAGUAGAGUGUAAAACCAUUCCUGGUCAUCAGCUAGAAAAGGUUCUGAAAGAUCCAGCAAGGGCAGUGAGAAUCAGGCGCAGUGUGGUGUCAAAGAAACUCUCAUCUGAUACAGAUUUGUUUGAUCUACCCUGUGACCAUUACAACUACUCUGAUGUAGUGGGAGCUUGUUGUGAAAAUGUGAUUGGUUACAUGCCUGUUCCUGUAGGUGUUGCUGGCCCUCUUUUGCUAGAUGGGGAGAACUAUCAUGUACCCAUGGCAACUACAGAAGGGUGUCUGGUAGCAAGCACUAAUCGUGGUUGUCGAGCUCUCCUGCUGAGUGGUGGUGUUCGCAGUUCUGUGUUUAGCGAUGGCAUGACAAGGGGACCUGUAGUAAGAUUUCCUUCAGCAGUUCUUGCCAGUAAUGCUAAGCAGUGGUUAGAGGAAGAGAAAAAUUUUAUGGAAAUCAAGAAAGAGUUUGACAGCACAAGCAGAUUUGCCAGAUUGCAGUCAGUAAGAGGUAUAAUCGCAGGGCGCUUGUUAUUCAUUAGAUUUGUAGCAUCAACUGGAGAUGCAAUGGGGAUGAACAUGGUAUCAAAGGGAACAGAAAAAGCCCUCACCUGCUUACAGGGACACUUUCCUACUCUUGAAGUGCUGAGUUUGAGUGGAAAUGUUUGCACAGACAAAAAAGCAACAGCUAUAAACUGGAUUGAAGGCAGAGGGAAGUCUGUUGUAUGUGAGGCUAUUAUCCCAGGGCAUGUUGUUCAGAAGGUUUUGAAAACAACAGUCUCUGCCCUCUCAGAACUUAACAUCAAUAAAAAUCUUGUUGGUUCUGCUAUGGCUGGGGCCAUUGGAGGAUUCAAUGCUCAUGCUGCUAACAUAGUAACAGCAAUAUUUAUAGCUACAGGCCAGGACCCUGCACAGUGUGUUUCAAGCAGCAACUGUAUCACUCUGUUUGAGGCAUGUGGACCAACUAAAGAAGACCUUUAUGUUAGCUGUACUAUGCCAUCACUUGAGGUUGGAACAGUAGGAGGAGGUACUGUGUUGGGCCCCCAGUCUGCUUGUCUUAAGAUUCUUGGUGUUCGUGGGCCAAACAAAUCUGAGCCAGGAAAGAAUUCAACAAAAUUAGCACAAAUAAUAUGUGGCACUGUUCUUGCUGGAGAGUUGUCUUUACUAUCAGCUCUUGCUACUGGUGAUCUGGUUAGAAGUCACUUAACUCUAAACAGAUCAACAGUAAAUCUCUUUGUAGAUGGAGUAGAUGGGAGCAAGAAUUGUGCAGUGUUGUAAGAGACUUCAACUAUCACAAAACAAGGGUGUUUAAGUGAAACAACACAUCAGUGAGCGAACACUACUUCUUGCCAACAGUCGUCAUGUAACAUUUACAUGUAUAUGACAAGACUCACCAGUCUGUGGUCUGAAAAUUCUACCACCAUCAAAUUCACAUUCAAUUACAGAGGUCUACCUCUUCCAAUGAAAUAUCAUCUCUCCCAACACGAGGAUUGAAUUUAACGGACCAAGAUAUUUGAAUAGUUUUUCAAGUGCCACUGAACCACCUGCAAUUCACAGCUUGCAUAGCAAGCACACUAACUACUACACAAGGGUGGAUUAAUAGGGGCACUAGUCCUUGUUUUGCAUUGCUCAAUAUGGCCUUGUUGAUUGGUCCCUCAGUACAAUUAGUACUACUUUCAAAUUGGUAACACAGAGGCCAUGGAGACAGAUUGGGAAGCCACAAGGAGCAGUGACUGAAUACAAUACUCUUUCAAUUUUAGUACUUGUUAACGUGUUAACGUGUUAACUGAAUUCCCUCGAGAUUCAAAGUUAAAUAAUUAGAUCACAAUAUUUUUUUAUUACUUCAUGAGAUGAAGAGUUUGAAAUAAUAAAAAAUACAUUAGGCAAGAAUCAAUUUAAAAUCUAGACAAAAUUGAAAAUCAGAUUUUUGAAUUUACGUGUCAUGAAAUAUUUAUUUAUUGAAAACUGUAUUUUAAAGAUUAGUAAUCAGGAUUUUAUUUCCAAAGGUUAUCAAAAGAAAGCAAUGCUCUGUUAAUACCUCAU